GCAGGUCACAGUCAUGCUGGCAGCAAUCAUCAAAAUACUUGCAAAAGACAUGCGAAACAACAGCAAGAACAACAACAGCAACAACAUCAAACAGAACAUCAAAAGCAUCAGCAUUAUCUUCAACAGCAACCACAGCAUCCACAGCAGCAUCAGCGUUAUCCUUGUUGUAGUUCCUAUAAUAUAGAGCAUAAAAUGCAAAUGCCAGGCUGUUUGUGUAACAAAAUAUAUCAUCAACAGCAACAGCAUCCAACUGCAGUGAAUCUAAUAGCAACACCAGCACCACCAACCGCUGUAUCAACAGUGCCUGCAUUGUCUCGGACUCCACAACGACAAUGCAAUCAUGCCUUCUAUUACGCACCCGAGCAUUGCAUGUUGCAGUAUGAAGAGCAAGACUCCGGCUUUCCGGGUCUGCGUGAUCAGGAAUUUUAUCUGCUCCAUCGCAAUAUACCGGCCCUGCGAAGGACGGGUAUCGAUACCACUGGUAUACGCCAGCAUUAUUAUCCCGAUGGUGGCUGGGGUUGGAUAAUUUGCGGCAUGUCUUUCCUAGUACACCUGUUAACUACCGGCUUACAAUUAUCCUACGGUUUAACUCUGUUUUAUGCUUUAACGCAUAUCCAUAAUUCCAGCGGGAACGAAUGGUUAGGUGCUCUUAGCUGGUCUAUAUCGAUGGUGUUGACACCUUUUAUCGAUGUUUUGUCUAGGCGCAAAUCUACAAGACUUUUGGCUGUGGUUGGAGGUUUAAUCAUGUCUUUGGGUAUAUUAUUUACAUCAUUUGCUACGGAAGUGGAUCAAAUGAUUUUCAGUUACGGUAAGAAAUAGUAAGAAAAAAAGGAUU